AUGGAUGCACAGAUGCUAGAAGAGAAGAUGAAUGAAGCCCGGAGCAAAUUUGACCGAGCUUGUCAACAAAUAAUUUUGCUUGACCAAAAGAUCAAAGACCUGGAGGUCAGGUAUCGGCGGGCAGUCAAAAACAAGAAAAAUUCCUUCAGGUAUAACUUACGACUACGGUUAUCGGUGGUGACAGGGGUGAAGAUGAUGUACCACCACUAUGCCAGUACUAAAGCCGAGGAAAUUAACAAACUGCGAAGACUUGUGCAGGAGGUCGAACAACCCGAAGUGGAGGUGGUGACACAGAGAAUUGUCUUACCAUGA